AUACAUGUCGUGGCAUACAGGAGUGGCUUGAAGCAUGUCACAUCAGUGUUGUGGCUCCUGAUCAUGAAGUGUGACAGGCACAUUUUUCAUCAGAAGUUUCAGACCCCGGCUCAACAAGCCCACGUACAGGAGUGGCUUGAAGCAUGUUGCAUCAGUGUCGUGGCUCCCGGUCAUGGAGUGUGACAGGCACAUUUUUCAUCAGAAGUUUCAGACCCCGGCUCAACAAGCCCACGUACAGGAGUGGCUUGAAGCAUGUCGCAUCAGUGUCGUGGCUCCUGGUCAUGAAGUGCCACAGGCACAUUUUUCAUCAGAAGCUUUCUCCAGCCUAUCAGCUAAAAUGAAAAGGCUGGAGGCCAAUGCUGUGCCAUCUCUGCAGCACAGAGAAGGUGUUCCAGACACUCCAGUACUUCCAGCGUCUACACCAUCUCUAAGACCAGAAUCUAGACUCUUGGCAACAAGAAAGAAGCUGGUGGUAUUCAACAGCACAUACAUGAUCCUUCGACGUGCGAUGCGAAAGGCCGGCUUGCGAACAGUCAAGCGUACUAUCCUGCAUCUUGCUAAAGGGUACCUGAAGGAACCUGAUGGCGGCGAUGGCGGCAGGGGGCAUGCCAGCGGCUAUAAUAUGGGUGGCGAUGGCGACACGGGUGACGCUGCUCACUUGGCCAUGCCGAGUACAUCAUGGGCGUUUCAUGUGCCGAUAACCUCACAGGCUACUAAGGAGCCAGCCGACGUUGCAUGGACCCCGAGCGCCUUCACACCCGGCGGCAGUCAGGGCUCGGCAUGGACUCCCGACCAUGCAACCAUUUUGGACGCAGCAGCGGAGCUCGAGCAGAUUGAUGCUAACGUGGAGGUGGAAACCGCGGAGGAAGAAGAUGUGAACGUCGGAGCGACGGAGGAGGACGGCCGUCCUUGGGGCACCCGCAGUGCUGGCAUCUCCGAGCCUCAGCUGCGGGAGCUGGCCGAAGCCGCCGCGGUGCUCUGCACCCGUUGCGGUGCUAGGUGCGACGUGAACGUCACUCGCAUCACCGUAUCGUUCACGGUCACAUGGGUGACCGCCAAAGUGACGGCCCUGGCUUCUCGGCGUCAUAUGGGUGCUACACCAUAAUGGGCCGCACAACUGGCCACAUCAUAGCACAG